CUCCAAGUGGGUCUUGUCAUGCUUCCGCAUCGCCAAUAGACUUUGUUCCUGUUUUGUCGAUCGUACAAUAAUAUGGGCAAAUCCCUCCCGUUCUGCGAUGCUGUCGCCGCGUCAUUUUUCUUUCUAAAACCGUCGUCCAUCUCGGUAGUCGGCUGGUGUUGUUGACUUGACUUGCACGUAAAUCACACUCGUUCGGCUGCGCAUAUAUUGAAUGCGCUGAUCACUCUCAUUACUCCAAUCGCUCUUUACUAGUACUGCUUACGAUCUUUAAUUAUAAUGUCUACCACAUCAACCUCGAGUUCUCGACGAACAUCGACUACACAUACCACCCUGAGCCGGACGACGAGAAAUACACAUACUAGUUUACCAGAGUUUACGCUUAUUUCACUCGAUUCCGCCACUCCUACGCCAUCAGCGACACUCACAAGUACAUCCGUCGCUGCGGAUACUACAAGUCCUGCUACAUUUUCUAGCGAUGUCAAUCCCAACGAGGCCGAGUUGCUGGGCGCAGUUCAAGAACCAACCGGCCAGUUGAGCAAGACUGCCGCCGCUGGAGUAGGAGUGGGAGUCGCAGUAUUUAUCUUGUUGUUUAUAGCGGUUGGCUUUUGGUUCUUCAAGAUAAGAAGCAAGCGUCUAGCGAGUCGGCCUAGGUCGCCAUCAAACGUCACAUCCUUCACAGUGGACAACGACCAAAAGACAUUAGUGCCUUCGAUGCCGAACAGUCCACGACACCCAACAUUCGACCCGGAGAUGAGUUUACCUGCGGAGUUCUAUGCGGGAUUGCGGAGGACGACAGACGGUCAAAGGAAUAAUGGAGAUGGAGUGGCAACGGCGAUGGAGGAGGUCACAGGAGACAACGGCCUAACUGCGACAGAAAAAGCUCUUCCACCAGCGCCUACCCAAGAAAGACUCUUCGCUCUUAAUGUCAACAUCAACAAGAGCAUGCUUUUCGACGAAGAAGCCGCUAGAAUGGUUCGCGACAGCACAAGACAACGAGAGCCAAUACCGAGAUGGCGCUUCAAGGAAGUUCUCCCUCCAGUGCCUGGGGAGGCACGAGUUUUAAUUGCACAGCAACCAGUGUCAAGCAUUUACAGCUCGGAGUUCGAACUAGAUCGAAUGCCAACACUGAACGAACCACCGAGAAUCUACUCAACAAUAUACGACGACGACAAAACCGACGACGAACCGCAACUCCAGGGCCGAAGAAUCUCCGCACUAUCACGACUAGAACGCGGCGGCCCACCGUUACCUUUCUCCUUCGCACUACCCGACCUCCAACCCCCAAGUCCCAGCUUCAGCUUCCGCUCCUACGACUGGUACCAAGACAUCAUCAGCGACCAAGCAGCAACAGACUCGCCAACAACACCACACCUCCCGCACCGCAACCCAGCACGCGCCAUAAACCCGCUAGCCAUAAACCCCCCAACUCCACACAUGAGCCUCCUCCCCGCCCCGCUCUCCCCAGGCUUCCCCAAAACAACAUCCCUCCUCCACCCAAACUCCGCCGCAACAUCCCUCCUCAGCCCCACAAACGCAAACUUCCGCCUCUCCCCCACAGUCUACCAACAACCGCCGCCGUCGCGCUCCUCUCCAGUCCUAGUGCAAGAAUUCGUCCCCCCGCCCUCACCGCUGCAGAAUAUCAUGCAGCAAUCUGCUAGGUCGUCCCGCGCCCUCAGCCAGAAAACGCAGAUGACGCAUAACUCGCGCAGUUGGCUGCCAGAUGAGGGCGUUUACUUACCCAACGACGAUGGGUCGCCGGACUCGUUUGAGAUGUUUGUACGGAGGCCGAGUCGGGCGGAUAGCUAUUCGCCGCUUGCGUGAGUGAGUGAGAUGGAGUGAUGUGGGGAUUGUGGUUUUUUUUUAUCGAGCGGCAUUUUUGUUUUGGCGGAUGUUCUGAUACCAUGUCUUGUGUUUUUAUUGGAGGUCCGACUCGUGACCUAUCAGCGUGUUGGGUUGGAUUGGAAUGUGAGUGUGGAGACGGGGACGAGGCGAGCUACUUGCGGGAAUUUUGCCUACGACUACGGUGCUUGAUGGAUUCAAGGCGGGGCUGGCUAGGAACAAGCUACUACCUACCUACCUAUUUGGACAGAGGUUUUCGCACCCAUGAGGAGUACAUACAACGAGGAGUACAUACGCUGAGGAUGAAGGAUACAAGUAAUUUCUAUACCCAAUACUUACUAUGUCAUGACUACCUACCCACCUACCUCCUCUCACCUCCACCCCCUGGCCUCUCCCUCGUAGUCUUCGAAGAGCAGGUAUGCUUUAUGCAUUAUGCUGCAUGACAGGGCAUGACAUAAAGCGAGGCACGCAAGGAUUA